AUCAACAAACAAGAGGUACACUAUUCACUCGAGGACGGCUUUCUACUUUGUGCGGUGCUGGAGGCAAAGCAAGAGCCAAAGCGGAAUCCGCCAUUUUUAUCAUCCUCUUCUUAUUAACUACCUUCUAGCCUUCCUCUCCCAUUCUCAUUCAAUCUGUCACUUCUCUAAAAUCCCAAUCGCAUUGAAAUUUCCCUAACGGCUCCAAUUCCCUCUCUCUUCAUCUGAUAAUGCCGGGAUUUGAACUUUGGUCGAGAAAUUCGCUCUCGAAUGAUCAAUCCCAAAGUGCACUCUUGGUCGAUUUAAGUUCGAAUUCUAGCUCAUUCACUUGUGGUGGAAUAUUUCUCGAGCCCACCAUUUCUUCUUCUUUUGUUAGUCUCAUUUCUUCUAGGAGUAGUUCAACUAGCGUUUGGAGUUUGAUUUCUUGUUCUAAACACGCGGUUUUUAGGGGAUUUAGGAGAGAAAGGUGUAGUCAAGUGGCGGUUAAUGGUUUAUUUUUGUCAGUGAGCUUGAGAAAUAAUGGACCUGGGCUUGUGUUCGAACCGAAGGUCUGUUUGGCGCAAAACGGAGAUGAAAAGAACGUCAUUGAGGGAAAGGUGCUCGGCAGAGUUAAUGCUUUUUUAGAGGGAAGAAGGAAACGGGAUGUUAGGAUAAGAGGACGCGGUGCAAUGAACACCACCAAGCAUUUGUGGUCUGGAGGUAUUGCAGCCUUGGUUUCAAGAACUUUUGUUGCUCUACUGGAGAGAUUAAAGCUGGAAUAUAUGGUUUGUGGUGAGCAAAAGCACAUACUUGACCUCAUUAAGACAAAUGCAUCUGCACAAGGCUUGAAAGGCUUUUGGAAGGGGAACCUUGUCAACAUUCUCCGAACAGCUCCAUUUAAAGCUAUCAAUUUUUGUGCAUAUGAUACAUAUAGGAAGCAAUUGCUCAGAUUACCAGGGAAUGAGGAAAUCACUAAUUUUGAGAGGUUCAUUGCUUGUGCUGCAGCUGGCAUUACUGCUACCAUACUCUGUAUACCACUCGACACUUCUUUGCUGAGUUUGCUCUGGGAAAUGCUCUUCCUUGUACAAGUAAUCCAGACCAAAAUUGUUGCACCUGGUGGGGAAGCUUUGGGUGGGGUGAUUGGUGCUUUUCACCACAUGAUCCGAACUGAAGGUUUCUUUUCCCUUUACAAGGGCUUAGUGCCUUCCAUCAUAAGCAUGGCACCUUCAGGGGCAGUUUUCUAUGGUGUAUAUGAUAUAUUGAAGUCUGCUUAUCUGCAUUCACCUGAAGGCAGGAAAAGAAUAGAAAAUAUGAGUCAACAUGGGCAGGAAUUGAAUGCUUUGGACCAGCUAGAGUUGUUACCAAUCAGGACAUUGCUGUAUGGGGCAGUUGCCGGCGCUUGUGCAGAAGCUUCUACUUGCACAUUUGAAGUUGUGAGGAGAUAACUUCAACUGCAAGUUCGAUCUACUAAGAUGAGUGCACUGGCAACCUGUGUCAAGAUCGUUGAGCAAGGUGGAAUUCCAGCUCUGUAUGCAGGAAUCAUUCCCAGCUUACUGCAGGUUCUUCCCUCAGCAGCAACAAGUUACUUCGUCUAUGAGUUUAUGAAGAUUGUUCUCAAAGUAGAAUGAAUGAAUAGAAAAUAACUGGUAGGAGGUUGUACAGUGACUCAAAGAUGAGCACAUGAUAUAAAUCAAAAUGGUAAAAGUUAUCAUUUGCACGUGAUGAUUACCAACAAAUUGUUGUACUUCAAACUGAAGAAAUAAAGAACCUUUUCAAAACCUAUAA